UGGGUAUGGAAUUGUUGCAUGAAGCUGCAUUUGGUACUAGUGAUACAGGAUGUGGUUUAGGCUAUUCAUUAAUCGCACCAGCUGAUCGUGUUGGAUCACAUUCAAUUGAUCAAAUCACUGCGUAUCAUUCACGUGGUUUUGUUGGUGAAAAAUGUGUUUUAGGCAUUUUUCAUCCACAACCUGAUACAGAUGGAAUGGAAAUAUUAGAAAAAGUAAAAAGUAAUAUUCAAUUGAAUCCUGCACCUGCAGAAACUGGUACAACUGGUGGUCAUGGAUUUAUUGGAG